AUGGUGGCAUCUGUUAAAGUACGUUCGCCACCGACGACCAUAUGCGUCAGAGACCAUAUCAACCUAGAAAUUGAGUAUCAGGGUGCCCUCGCCAGAGACAACAAGGAUUGUUCAGAUAUGGUGGGACUUGAAAAGAUCAUUGGAGAUGAAUUCAAAACAUGGAGUCUGCAAGCGCGCGAUGCAGAAACAAUUGAGGAUUUGAUGAAACGUCUAGAAAAAUGGAGCAGGGAGAGAGGGACAAGGUCGGAAGCUGCCUCAAAAGUACUGACUAGUGAUUUUAUAAGCAAGCAUCCUAACCUUGCUAAAAGCCAAAUUCUGAAAGAUCGAAUUGAGAGACAGGAAAAGAGAAAGGGACUUGAGGCGAGGGAGAAGGAAAAGAAAUCAUCAGGUGGAAAAACUCAUGAUAAACGUUCCAGAAGCCGUGCAGGGGGAUCUAGUAGAAGAUAG